GAACUAUUGUUGAGUGGCGCGGGGAAGGAUUUUGUGAACGGACGCAUUUGUAUUUACAAUAUCUAAUCCAGAACCAGGCAGCAGAUGGAGUUAUGAGUCUCCCACCUGCCAGAGGCACUGAGGGGCCAGAAAGCCCCAAUGGUGUGGUGAAUUCAAUGUCUGCAGAAAAUGGCCUUUGUGAUCCAGAAUCUGUCAAAUGCAGCCAAGAAAGAGCUCCUGAGGAUGGAGAGACAGUGAAUGGCUUGUCCCAAAAACAUACCGACAAACACUCUGUCGGGGGAAGCAAAGUUUACCAUGCCGAGGCUUGUUCGGACACAGAAACAGACAAUAACCAAAGAACAGGUUUAUCGCUACAUUACAGUCACGUGACUGGAACCUCACAUGGACCAGACUCAGAGUCCACAGACACAGCCAGUCCCGAAGCCUCUGAUGCUGUUCAGAACUCUGGAGGAGAUCUUCUGUGGGACUCUUUACAUCACGUUCCGACGAAACAUUCCUCCAUGAGAGAGGAGGCUGGGAGUAGGGGGAGACGUCUUGCUCCUGAUGCUGAGCGAGAUGAUGGCGAGAAAGAGAAGCAGGAUGAAGAGGAACAUGAGAAGAGUGAAUCCAAACAUAGUCGUGAAGAAGCUAGGAAUGAAACACAGUCACUAAGACACUACUCCUCCUCGGCACCUGGUUCCAGCACCGCUUCAUCGUCUUCUCCACCUCCGCUUCUGUCGUCAGAGGACGCCCCCUGCCCUCCUCAUGUCAUGGCGCAGGUUUGGGUUCGUAAUGUUCGAGGGAUGCAAGACAGCAAGAGUUUAGAUGAAAUUAGCCAGGCUUGUGGAGGUGCAUCUGGGUCCAGAGGAGCAGGACGGGGAGGUCAGUCGGAGGGCAGGAGGGCGACAAUCUCCUCGGCUCUGGAGCUGGAGGGCACCGUCAGCCACGAUGGAGAUCUGACUCAUUUCAUCACCAAGAACCUUGAGCAGAAAAUAAAGAUGAGCUCCAAGCCCAGUCUGGACUGCAGUGACUCCGACUGCUCGGGUCCCAUAUACCGGAGCCGUGGGUUGUCAAGGAAACCAGCAGACAUCCCGCCGAUCGACCCCGCCGUCUUAGUGGAUCUUCAGAAACACGCCCAGGAGAUAGCACAAAGCGUGGAGAUGAUGAUGCGCAGCCUCAACGGAACCAUACAGAAUAUGACAGCCCUGAGUGUUGGCUACAUCCAGACAUACAGAGACUCCGUGGACAGCCUUGGAGAAUCUGUGGACAUGAGUAUAAAGGGCAUGUACACGCUCAUGGCGAGAUGUGAGGAGUUGGACCGCUCCAUGCAACCCAUACACACUCUGGCUGCACAAAUCCGAGACGUCAAGCGCACCCUGGAUGCUCUGGAAGCCAUCUGCAAGUAACCCCAGUACAAACUCAUGUAGACUCAUCUGGCAAGUUUCACUGCAAGUAGCACCUCGUGUCUGCUGGGAUCAGGGGUCACUCGAGCGCUUAUGUCCUCGCAGCACUGCUACCAAACAUGAUGGAUGAGUCAAACUCCUUUUUACACGCCGGAAGACGUCCACAUUUGAUUUGAACUUCUAAUCAUUAUUUAUUCACGGCUCGUGUCUUUGGAGAUGAUCAAGACCCGCUUCUUCCAGGAAACUAACUUAAUAUCCGUCCACAGUGCACAUGCUCCCUUUGUCCACGUGGAGGUGCUGUCUCCCUUCAUGUAUUUUUUUUUUCAUGGCGUCUUUCACUUACACUCGAAUAGAAUCGAUACAUUCCUGGAGGCUUAGUUUGGGGAAAUUAUUGUUUAUUUAUUGCUCUUCUAUGGAGCGUCUUUCCCUCGUGCCAUUUAGGUGACGCCUCAGUCACCUCUUCGCCAACACAAGACUCUGGUAGAAGGUUUCUGUUUGGUGUGAUGCAUGUAAAAUGUAAACAUGAAGUGAGUGCUCAAACAAAUCCUCAGCUUGCAACAUCUGCCAUGCAUUCCCAAGAGAAAUGCUCUUUCAGAUAUACAAAAUCCUUCCAACGUCCGCAGUAAAUAACUGUAUUCUCCAGUUUCUUUAGCUGUAGCUUUAUGAUGAAUUCCUUUGAACCCUUAACCGACCUGCACAAGCUGACUUGAACUACUGAAUACGGUGUACUUCAUCGGCAGUUGCAGUGAGUUUGUCUAACUGAUAAGCCAGCCAGCUUCUGGUCUGGAGAAGAGCAGAACUGCAGGACCGGUAAGUGAUGCUGAGGAUUAAACCUAUAGAGCCAACAUUGCUGUAAAAACAUUGCGGAAGUUAAACCUUCAACUGUCUGGAUUCAUUCCAUUUUCAAAUCUAUUUUAUCGCAAUGAUUUUAGGUUAUGAAUAUUAUUCAGGAUGACAUUUUGACUCUCUUGUCAUUGGCUUUUACUUGCAGAUGGUAAACAAACCUUUUCAUUUGCAAAACCUGUAUGUCAAAGAGCGUGAAAUCCUCCUCAUCAGAAUUCGACCCCAUUCGUUGGAAGCUGAGGGAAUCAUUUCCGUGCAUGUGCCCGGGGAACACCAGAUUACUUUAAUGUUCAUCGUAAAUAUCAAUGUCUGCCGUUUCAUCUGAUGCAUCUGUGUACAUUUCUGUAACUAAUUUAGAUACCUGUCACCCUCCUGAGUGUAUAUUUUAAGGAAGAUCAAUGAAUAAAUUUACAUGACCUUUGUGUCAG